AUUUUAGAUGAUCGAAGUGGAUAACAUUUUGGAAAUUAUCAAAAGCAUAUUUGUAUCGUUACAGUAGAUAGAUGAAUGAAUGAACGAAGCUUCACCACAAAGAAGAUAGAAUAAUUGUUUCUUGAUAUUAAAUGCAAAUGGAGCUAAGGUUGCAAAAUCUAACUCCACCACUUGCUUCCUUCAAUCACAAAGCCAGAAAUUGCACGUCCGGAGUCCAUAUCAGAUCUCUAUAUGCGAAUAAGACAGAAAUACGAGGUAGAAAAACAGUAAGGAUACUGUCUGCCUUACCAGAAACAGCAGCUUCUAUUGCAGUUACUGCCACAAUCGUUGGUCUUGCCGCCACGUUGCUUGCAAGGAGAACCAAGAGUUCUCAAGUAAACGAGGAACCUACAAAGAGUUGCGAGAACUGUGGAGGUUCGGGUAUAUGUCCUGAAUGCAAAGGUGAAGGUUUUGUUCUUAAAAGAAUGUCUGAACAAAAUGCCGAGAGAGCAAGGUUGAUGGCAAAAGAUAUGGCAACUAGAUACACAGCAGGGCUUCCGAAGAAGUGGAGCUACUGCACAAAAUGCUCUUCUUCGAGGUCAUGUAAUACAUGCGGUGGCACUGGGAAGCUAAGCUACACGAAUUAAUUUCACGUUUCAUAUCAUGAUAUAUAUAGCUCAAAUUUCGUGCUUUGGUGAUUAUUGUGGCUUCAUUUUGAGCAAAAAAUCACGAGUUGAGUUGACUUUAUCAGCAAAUAGUCGGAAAAUUGUUGACAUUUUUAUUUAUUUAUGCUGUUUUGAUGAUUCUUUUGGAUGACAUACUCAAGUGCAUAAUUCGCGGAAUCUUUUAGGUACAGAGAAUGAUAAUUUGUUGUAUUUGUAUAUUAUGUGUGUACAUGAAUAUAUAUGUGCAUAAAUUAUGGAAUCAUUUGUGUGUAUGUGUUUGUG